CGUGCGCGGUGGGCGGGACUGGGGGCGGCAAUGCACGGCCGCUGGGGUUAGCGCAUGCGCAGACGUAUCGAAGGUGCCAGAAGGAGCUGAGCGGCGGAGGCUGCUGCUACUAGAGCCCCAAGACCCUGCGCUCAGAGCUGGCCCGUCCCUGCCACGCCAUCCGGGCAUCCCGACCCCACCCGUGCCAAGGCUUCUACAGCACUGAGUCCUGCCUGUGCUGAGGUCCUUAUAGCGCUAUGGCGGUGCGGCGCCGGGUAGCACAGCCCUGGGAGGAGGAGGAGUGCCUGGAGUACUACGGGAUGCUGUCCCUGCACCGCCUCUUCGAGGUCGUGGGCUCACAGCUGAGUGCGGCCGAUGUGGCUGUGCUGGCCUUCCUGCUGGAUGAGACCAAGCCCUAUCCGCCCUCGUCACCUGCCGGCCCCGAGACGGCUCCCCUAGAGGUGCUGGCGCCACGUCGCACCCCCUACAAUGGCGUAGAGCUGCUGCUGGAGCUGGAGCACCGUGGACUUUGCCAUGAGGGCAACUUCCGGCACCUGCUGGAGCUGCUGCGGGUGCUCACACGCCAUGACUUGCUGCCCUAUGUCACCCUAAAGAGGCCGCGCACCGUGUCCCCAGAGCGGUACACGUAUGGGCCGGCCGUCUCGUCUGCCGAGCACCCAGUGGGCAGCUGCCUUGAUGCGGCCUCUGCCGACCCCCGGCAGGACCCUUGGGAGACAGGCUGUGUGUCUGGGAAGCGGAAACGUGCCAGCAGAGGCCGGACGCUGGCACGGCGCCGGGCCGGGGCCAAGCAUCCCGCUACCCCCCCGCAGGAUUCGCCAGCCCCCACCAAGGUGACCUGUGGUAGGUGUCCCGGCCUGGCCCCCUCCCCGUCCCCGCUGGCGGGGGGGGGACGCCCCCCGGGACCCCGUGCCUUGCUCACUCCAUGCAGCCAGGGCCACGCUGCCCCCUGCCCCGGCUUGCGCGCCGGUCUCCGAGCCCCUCAUCCCACGGGGUGGCUCCCCCCGACCAGCGCACAACCCGCGCAGGCCCCAGGGCGCAGGCGUCGCCACCACCGCAGCUGCUUCGCAGAUCUAGGCCUCUCCGGCGUCACCCAUGGGUCCGGUCUGUGCCCCCCUGUGUCCCCCUUGCUUCCCCGCGCUGGGGGGUGCGUGUUGCUGCUCCGCGGUUGCUGCCGUUGCUCUCUCAACCCCCCGUUUGACUUCCAGGUCAUUAAGCAAAAGUUGCCUGCUCAAGAGACGCUGCGUCUCUUGUGUGCUCUGCCGGGCCCUGGCUCGCCAAGGUAACCGCCUCCCCGUGUUGCCAUCACUUGUCUGGGGGCGCCCGGGGCUCCAUUCCCUCUUUUGCACACACACAUGUACACAUACACACACGCAUGCUCGCACACAUGCAUGUCCGGCCGGAGAGCUCCAGUGGCCCCCAGCCGGGGCGGGGGGCUGGCGGGGAAAGAUCAGGUCUUGGUGCGGGCCGACCCCCGCUGUGAUGUCGUGCCCAUUACAGUGUGCUGAAAGUUUGAACCGUGUUUCUCUCAGUCCGCAGUUCCUCUGACCUCUGGAAAAGCAAAAAGUAUCGGCCCUGGCCAGCGGCCGGUACAGAGUGUGGUAAAAAAAAAAAAAAAAAAAUGCCCAAAAACUGCAAGGACCCACCGAGAGCCUUGAAACCUGGCCUGGCGCUGCCCCCACAACCCGCCCUGCCC